CACAUCUGCGAGCUGGCAUUGUAUCGUCCGUCCUAUCGAAAGCCGCAAAAGCGAUAUGAUUAAAACUGUGUCCUGCCUGGCCCCGGCCAGGUGUAAAUCGGAAUGUGCUGUAAAAGCGAACGAGCGUGUCUGCAGUUGACAAUGCGAGAUGAGCGAUGGGGAGAAAUUACCUACGGGCGCAAACACAAUAUCUUCCUGGCCCCGAAGAGCAUGGCAAUAAAAUUUGCCCGCUCGCAGCAGGACUUCGGCGGGAGGAGUUGUAGUAGUAUCGCUGUAGUAUCAGCAAAAUAUGCCCGCUACAGGACCACCUCGAAGGACAUCGGAUGGUGGAUAGGCCACGGGAACGGGGACGGAUGCCUCAGGAUGCGUCAGGGCAGAUGUGCCAGAUGCGUAGGAUACGCUGCCAGAUGCCUCUGCACAGGGUACCUAUAUAAACGAGGUAUCGAACCGAUUGAUGCCAUCAGUUCCAGCAUCAGUACCGCAAGAGACAACCGUGUGGAGCUUCAAACCCGAUUUGUGGAUAAUUGGCAGGAUUAAGCACUUCCGCGCUUUGCAGAAGAA